CGUGAGUUGGGUUUCUGCUUCCCACCAUCUGUUCCAAGAAUCCUUGGUUUAUUUGAAGGGGUAGAUGGUAGAUACGGGUAAUGUAUGGUAAUGUCAUCCGCAGCUACUUUGGAUUACUUUGGUGUGUGUCCGAUUUAUGAGAUUGACGAGAUGCUGUCAGACACAAGAUUGUUCUUUCUGGAGGACUGAGGCUAUGUUAGGGAGGAGUGUAGGAAGGCAAGGGUGCAAGCCGAGUGUCGUAUGCAACUCGGAAAUUCAGGCUCAAAAUGUACCAUUUCUCGUAGUCGUCGCAGGUGGCCGAUGAACAUUGGCAGCCUGCAACUUGUUUCUUCCACAACACCUCCCUGGUUGUUUUCAGAUGCUUGCCUACGGGCCCAUCAAGUGUCUGUCGACAUCGGUGAUUUAUGCACUGCUGCGCAGCCCCCUGGAGUCCGAAGAGCUCUGAAACCUGUGAGAGGAGCGCGAAGCAACCAGAAUGACCGGGAACGGCGGCACCACGCACAGCUCAGGAUUUUCUUGCGAUCCAACAACUUCAAACAUGUGGACGAUUCCAUCGUUUGCAAAGGGGAAAGGCUUUAUCCCAUUCAUGUUGCUGCCAAGCAAGGAAAGUGUCGGAUGCUCCACUUCCUCGUGAAUCACGGUGUUGAUGCUCAACAAAAGACCUCUCAUGGCCGAACUGCAAUGGACUUUGCGAAGCAAGCACCUAGUGAAGCGAGAGAACAUGUGGUGAACUUCUUCCAUGGUCAGUACACUCAGAUGACCGGUGAAGAGUCCUUGACUCUGCGAGAUUUCCUGCAGCGAGUCAACUCUGCACUCUCGGCCCCCGAAAUCAAGUCAGUCUCCCCUCAGCACCUGAGCCUCUAGCCAGGUGACCGGCUCAGUGAGGUGUUGCCAAAUGCCAAAGUGUUUUAGUGAAGCAGAUCCCCCUAAGAUUUGGGGAUUCUCAGAUCGUAUUUGAACAUCGUAGUGUUCAGUGGUUUCACACGGGAUCAUCCACCAGGUUGCUUCUUGCAACUGUUUAUCCAUCCAGAGAUGACAUGAUGACGCGCGCAAUGCAGC